AUGGCGUCGGCCGGCGUAUUACCCUUUGUCAAAGGGAUCGACUUUUCUAGGAAUGAUUUUGCGAAUGAAAAAUUCCCCCAGGAGUUGGAGGCCUGCACGCAGAUGACAUGGCUGAAGCUCAACAACACUUCGUUGGAGCGAGUACCCGAUGUGCUCUCCCGGAUGACAAAGCUGGAACACUUGCAAAUGUCAAAGAAUUCUUUGACUUCCGUCCAUGGAGAACUCUCAGACCUUCCACGAUUGCGUUCCAUUAUUGUCCGGCAUAACACAAUUAAAACUUCCGGCAUCCCAACUGAUAUUUUUCGAAUGAAGGAUCUCACAAUCAUCGAUUUCAGCCAUAAUCACCUUCGGGAGGUACCCCCGAAUCUCGAAUACGCAAAGGGUGCUAUUGUGCUCAACCUGUCGCAUAAUAAAAUUGAAAAUGUACCAAAUCAGGUUUUCACGAAUCUGAUCGACCUUAUCCACUUGGACCUUUCCGACAACAAAAUUGACAUGCUACCCCCACAGCUCAGGCGUUUGUUGCUCUUACAGGUUCUACAUCUUUCAAACAACCCGCUCAGUCACUUCCAACUUAAGCAACUGCCUUGUACCAAAAAUCUUCGCGUUCUCCACAUGUCUAAUACAAAUCGAACUCUACAAAAUUUGCCCGAUACCUUCGACGAUCUGGAGAAUUUAAUGGAUGUCAGCUUUGCCCAAAACGACCUUCCUGAAGUACCGCGGGGCCUCUAUCAGUUGAAAAAAUUGCGUAAACUCAACUUGAGUGGCAAUAAGCUGAAAAAGCUAGAAAUCCCUGAAGGGUGCUGGGAAGGUCUGGUAACGCUCAACGUCUCGUCAAACGAGCUAACGUCGCUGCCGGAGGGCAUUGUGCGUAUGGACCAGUUGCAGCGACUAUACGCUAACAACAACGAGCUCACAUUUGACGGAUUCCCCGGAGGCAUCGGCAAAUUGAUCCAACUCACUGUUCUCCAUCUAUCGAACAAUAGACUUGAAUUGGUGCCGGAGGGGUUGAGCAGGUGUGUAAAGCUACAGCGGCUUCGCCUAGACCAUAACCGAUUGAUUACCCUGCCCGACGGAAUCCAUCUACUACCGGAUCUUUCUGAAUUGCGGCUGAACGGGAACGAAGGACUCGUCAUGCCACCGAAGCCGAGCGAAAAACGUCGACGUUUGGCUUUUUACAAUAUCGACUUCAGCUUGCAAGGCCAGCUUAAAAUGGCAGGGCGGCUUCAGACGUUGAUGAAUACGGCAACCGCAGCGUCUUCAAGCGGCUCUCCAAUCCAGCGGCGAAAAGACUUUAUCCGCCGUCGUCGUCACCAAGCAGACGAGAAUUGUGCCGAUAAGCUGAUCAAGGGGAUGAGCAAGAGCGCCGGUGCCACUGCCGAGUUUCUGGAUCGUGGUGACGAUGAUUCAGCGUCAUCUCCUGGGAUUCCCGGCUGGAAGGCCGCUAUGGGUAAAGAGCGACAGAAGAUCGAUUAUUCGGAAUUCUUUGACGCAGACGUUGGAAAAACUGAGGGAAUGUGGAUGUGGGAAAUAGAUAAGUUCCAUCCAGCCGCCAUCGAGCCUGAAUUCCACGGAUAUUUUUAUGAAGGAGACUGCUAUAUCGUCCUCAAUGUCACAAUGGACGCCAAUGGAAAGUUCGAAUACGAAAUAUUCUACUGGCUUGGUGAGAAAACGACCCAGGAUCGUCGAAUGUGUGCAGCAAUGCAUUCUGUUGCUUUAUCGCAACACCUUGGUGUCUCGUGUAGAACUCAACGGGAAGAACAAAAUGAGGAAUCCGACGAGUUUCUGUCGCUUUAUGGGGAUGAGAUAAUCUAUCUAGAUGGCGCGCGUACUACGUCUGGUUUCUUCACGGUCGAGCAGAAGGUUCAUGUUACCAGAUUGUACCGUGUGUCAGUCAGCGGCAUCAACAUUGAGAUGGAGCCAGUUCCCCCAAGCAGCGAUUCGCUCGAUCCCCGUUACGCUUUUCUACUCGACGCCGAAAAGCGUAUAUGGAUCUGGUCGGGCAGCCGAAGUCAACUUACGGUUACCACAAAAGCUCGCCUGUUUGCGGAGCGCAUGAACAAGCGGGACCGGAAAGGCGCUGCAGAAAUCGAGACCUGUCAUCAGCGCCGUACCCCGGAAGAAUUUUGGAUGGAUCUUACUGGCUCACCGAACGCGCCGGAUGAACCGAUCUUUGAGCACGUGCCAGAUGAUUUGUCGCGCAAUCCAAAACUGUACAAGACUGUCAUUAGCGCUGGUUUCAUCGAGUUGCCUCAAAUUGAACUUGAGCACGGGAUCGCUAAGCAGGAGAUGCUCCAAUCCAAAGGCUGCUACAUCCUCGACUGCGGCACAGACGUUUAUUCCUGGACUGGCAAGAAAGCAGGCCGCUUACUGAAGAUGGCCGGACAACGCCUUUUGAAUGACAUCUUCCGUAUGAUCACUCGACCGGACUACGCACAAAUGCAACGUGAAAACGAGGGCGAGGAAACGUCAUUUUUCAAGCUCAACUUUGCUCACUGGGAUGACAUUGUGCCUGUUGACUAUACACGCACGCCCGAAUCGAUUGAAAAGCGCGGACCAGAUGUAAAGGUGAUCAUGGAGCGUGAUCAGUUGAAGACCGAUCUCACACAUCUGUUCAUGGAGCGUAAUGAUCUCAUGUCGAAGGCGGACGGCGAAAAGCUUAUUCGUGACUUCAACACUGGCUUUGAGAUGAUUGAAGUUUUCAAUUUGAACGGCAAACAGUUUGCGGCUCAACCCAAGUCAGAACUCGGAAUUUUCUAUUCCGGUGAAAGUUAUGUCUUCCUCUGCAAGUACACAAUCUUCGGGGAUGACGAUUCUGAUGUGGACGACGAAGAGUCGGUUGUGGCUACUGAUUCGAACCAAAACGAGGAAAAGAAGGUUGCUGUCGAUUUCAAGUGUAUGGUCUACUUCUGGCAAGGGCGUGACGCAAGCAAUAUGGACUGGCUGCACUUCACGUUUGGGCUACGUCCCAAACUAGAGCAACUCUUCAAGGACAAGAUGGAGGUCGUCCGCAUCUAUCAACAACGGGAAAACCACUGGUUUUUGUCUCACUUCAACCACAAGAUCCUCAUCUUCACCGGAAAGAGGAGUCAACGAGAGAAGGCUGAUGCUCAACCCGAACUCUUCCAAAUGCGCGCAAACGGCAGCAAUGUCAGCACGCGGACCAUCCAGAUUCCCACAAAAGCAAAGAAUUUGUGCUCUGGUUUCUGCCAUCUUCUCCGCGUGCCGGCCUGUGACAAAUGGGAUGGUUGCGUCUUCAUUUGGGCAGGAAAAACCGCUCCCGAAGAUGAUGUUGUUCUCGCUCAGGAGAUUGCCGAAUCGAUGCUUGCUGAUGGUGAGGAGGUUGUAUCUGUGAAAGAAGGCGACGAGCCCGAACUCUUCUGGGAUGCCCUCGGCGGCAAACAUAAAUAUGUGACGGAUCCCAGCUUCAUGCAAUACACUCGUCUUUUCCGAUGCUCAAACGACAAAGGAUACUUUUCAGUUACUGAAAAAACUAUUGACUUCUGCCAGGAUGAUCUGGAAGACGACGACGUGAUGAUCCUCGACAACGGAACUUAUAUAUUCCUGUGGCUGGGCCCGAAAGCUUCCGAUGUGGAGAUCAAGCUUUCUUACAAGGCCAUACAUGUUUACGAGGCUCAUCUCCGUCUGAAGCAACCAGAACGUCCGCGUAAAGUGGUUGCUACGGCGAAGGGUCAUGAAACGAACAAGUUUACCCGCUGCUUCCACGCUUGGGGCGCCUACAAGAAAGUUGCCGAA